AAAGAUUGUUCAUAUCAAGUAGUUUUCGUUAAUUCACUCUACAAAGGAAAAUAAUGAGCUCGUCGCCGUUAUCUUCAUCUCUCUUUCAUCCUCUGUCGACCUUGUCGACUCAUUGCCAUGGUCGGAGACAGAACCUCUGUUUCAAUCGGAAGCAACAACCUUUCGUUGUCAGAGCCGCAAAACUUCCUGAAGGGGUGAUAGUGCCAAAAGCACAACCCAAAUCUCAACCUGCGUUUCUGGGAUUCACACAAACAGCUGAGAUAUGGAACUCACGAGCUUGCAUGAUUGGUCUCAUCGGUACUUUCAUCGUCGAACUGAUUCUGAACAAGGGAAUACUUGAACUGAUCGGUGUAGAGAUUGGGAAAGGACUCGAUCUUCCUCUAUAAUGUAUAUCACUGUUUGUGUUCUUUCCAACAAAAACAUCUCUUAUGAAAUGUAAAAUUCUCAAGUUUAAUUACACAUCAAAACGUGACAUUUGUUGUAAAAGUUUGAGAUUCUUUUAGAGUACACGAGUGGUGCGAGCAUC